AUGCGAGAACAGCCGGACAGAUCGGACCACGCCCAAGUACGAGAUGUUAUUCUGGAUCGUGUGAUUAAGUACAUAGCCUCUGGUGGCAUACCGGCAUUUUGGAUUGACCAAGAAUGUAUUGAGCAGAACGAUGAAGAAGCUAAAGUUGUUGCCAUGCAGUCCAUGGAUGUGAUUUACCGCCGCAGUCUCUAUCCAAUUGGCAUGUUAUCAACGCCUGUGCAAUACCAAGACGAAGUUGAUUUGUUGUUCGCCCUUCUCAAGAAAGACCUCGUUGUUUGGCAUUCUGUGUCUCAAGUGCCUCAGCUGGCUGCCGAAGUAGACAUUUCAAAAGCCCGAAGAUUGUUAGAUGUUCUUUUCAGGAUUAUGUGCGAUCCUUGGUGGACUCGUCGCUGGAUCUUUCAAGAAGAAUACUGUGCUAUGGCUCGCAUGCAGCUGUUGAUUCCCUACCUGCCAGGAUUGAGCAAAGUCAAUGGUCCACGGGUGUUCGGCACAAUUGACGGUGAGCUUUCCAUCAACGCUGCUCUUUUCCGGCAGCAGGUCACACUCUUCUGCAUGGCUUCCCACCACAGAGGUAUCUGGAGGUCGAAAAGGGACAAAUGGCAAUGCAAAUUGGUAUUGCAAAGAGCUAAGAAAUACAAUAUGCUACAGAAGUAUGGGUGGAUGGUCGGCGACGAUAGCGAAGGUCGUGCCAUGUCUACACGGAUUUUGGCAGAUAUCUCGCGUCGCUCAUCUAGGAUAUCGUCCGACACCUUGGCGAUCAUGGCGAAUUGUUGUGGGUAUGCAACACGCCUAGACGUCAAAAGUCUCAACUCAGCCAAGUUGAGUAGUUUGAGUCUGGCAAUUCUUGCAUUGUUUAUUCUCAACGGUGAGAUUCUUCGGCCUACAGUAUAUGGCAAUUUCCCAGGGACUGUUCUUGAAUUUCUCAAGGAACAGUCAUUUCAAGGAUUUGACCCACCAAAGGUCGACAGGAAGUUGACCUUUCUGAAACGGUGCAGACUGAGUGAUGUUGUGAUGUGUGAGGAAGGGAUCCAAGCAACUGGGUAUCUGUGGACUGUGUGCAAGGUCCUCAAAUCUGAAAGCAUUAUCUGGCCUGCAAGGCAAACAGCGAGAAACCAGGACAGUCUCACGCAGCUUGUUAACUGGCUGCACGAUUCAUCAUACAGCGAACUAGCCAAUAACAUUGAAGCCUAUCUUGCUGGUGAGAUGCCGAGCAAUAUGGAAUCGGUGGGGUUACGCGAGAUUUUUGACAGUAUGGCUGAGAGGGUUGCCAAAGCCAUGGAGGCCCACCAAUCACUCAUCAUUGCCAGACUAGUGGGUCACGAUCAGAAUUGGGCACUGUUCGUGAAAAACAAGCGGCAUAACACGUCCUCGCUAAUCUUUACGAGCUGCGAAGCCGCGGAAGACAGGUUUCCUGAACAUCGAAGUCGAUUCCUCGACAAGUAUGUGUCAUUACAGGUCGAUGAAAGUAGCCGGACAGAUGACGCUCUACCUCGCAUUCAAAUCAAGUCCUGGAUCAACGGUCUUUGGUUUGCUGAUUCUGUCAGCCCGAAAGCUGUAAUUUUGCCGUGGCCUCGCUUUCUAUCUGAUUACGUCCACAACUGCAAUCCCCUUAGUGGUGGUCGGCAACAGUUCGACAGUUUUGGCGGCAAGGAUGUGUUUGCCUGA